AUGGCUACUAACGACCUCGUCGUCAACGGCAAUGGUCGGGUCGCUCCUGAUCUACAGAAAGACGCAGACCAAGGUCGCGUUGCGGUCCACUCAUUUGACCCUGAUGCUUCUCCAGAGGCAAAGGGUGCCGCUGCUGGUAAGGCUGGUGAAGAACUCAACAUACAAAAGGCUCCUUCUGAGCAGGAAGUUCCUCUUGACCGCGGUAACUCCGCUGUUGUUCCCACAAUUACUGUUCACGAUGCGGACGCGGUCUCUGAGAAACCUCAAGUUCAUGUCGAGGGCGUCGAGCAGGUCGAUGAAGAUGCCACGGAACCCCCUGGUGCACUGCCAGCGGCUGCUGCGCCUUCCAUUCCUGACUGGUAUCGUGUCGGGUGGCGCCAAGUAUCCGGCAUAGAUCAGCCACCGCCUCGCGAGGGCGAAGAGAAGGACAAGGCUGUCUUGGAAACCUUCUUCACUGACCAAUACUACGGCAGUUGGUAUCACAACGCUGGUAUCAUCGUUUUCGCCGUGUUUGCUUCGCAUUUUCUCACCCGUUUCCAUUUUGGAUGGGGCUGGCUGUUCAUCAUCCUUGCCGUAUGUAAUACAUAUUACACCACCUCCAUGCAACGGGUUCGGCGACGAGCUCGAGAUGAUAUCCAGAGGGAAUUGGUCAAAACGCGUCUGGCUUCCGAGUCCGAGUCAGCUGAUUGGAUCAACAACUUCCUUGACCGUUUCUGGCUCAUAUACGAACCUGUCCUAUCUGCGACUAUCAUUAGUUCCGUGGAUCAGGUCCUCAGUUCGAGUACCCCGGCCUUCCUAGAUUCUAUGCGGCUCUCUACAUUUACUCUAGGGACCAAGGCGCCCCGAAUCGACCAUGUCCGGACCUUCCCAAAGACCCCAGACGAUGUUAUCAUGAUGGACUGGGGUAUUUCCUUCACUCCUAACGAGACUUCGGAGAUGACAGCCAAACAAAUCGCGAACAAGGUCAACCCCAAAAUUGUCCUUUCCGUUCGUGUUGGAAAAGGUCUUGCAACCGCCGCAAUGCCCAUCCUUCUGGAGGAUAUCACCUUCAAGGGCAACAUGCGGGUUCGGAUGAAGUUGAUGACCAACUUUCCGCACGUUCAGAUCGUUGACAUAUGUUUUAUGGAGAAACCUGUCAUUGACUACGUCCUCAAGCCAGUCGGCGGUGAAACAUUGGGUUUUGACAUUGCAAAUAUUCCUGGACUUUCGUCCUUCAUUCGUGACAUGACACAUUCAACACUCGGUCCAAUGAUGUACGACCCCAACGUCUUCACACUUAAUCUCGAACAACUCCUCUCCGGUACUCCCCUUGAUUCAGCCAUUGGUGUGUUGCAAGUCACAGUCCACUCGGCCCGCGGCAUCAAAGGAACCAAGAUUGGUGGUGGCACCCCCGACCCCUUUGUGGCCAUUUCCAUUAAUAACCGCGCCGAACUGGCUCGCACUAAAUAUAAGCACAAUACCUACAACCCAACAUGGAUGGAGACAAAAUUCAUCUUGGUCAAUAACCUCACGGAGUCGCUAGUGUUUAACCUUUACGACUACAACGAUCAUAGGAAAAACACUCUGUUGGGUUCCUCCAUAUUCGAACUCACGCGACUACAAGAGGAUGCGACGCAGGAAGGUUUGGCGACGCAGGUGCUGAUGGACGGAAAGGAGAGAGGAGAGCUCAGAUAUGAAGUCUCAUUUUUCCCUGUCUUAAUGCCUGAGGAUGGAAAGGAUACUAGCGAGACCUCGGUUGGCAUUGUUCGUCUCACCGUACAUCAAGCUAAGGAGCUCGAUGCCAAAAAGUCUUUAUCGGGAGAUCUCAAUCCUUUGGCAAAAGUCUUCCUCAGCGGAUCUAAAACGCCUAUUCAUAUUACGAAGGCCUUCAAGCACACCAACAACCCUGUCUGGGAGUCGUCGCACGAGUUCUUAUGUGUUGAGAAAGCGAAGUCUGUCAUCACUGUCAAGGUUGUUGAUAACCGCGAUUUCCUCAAGGACCCCGUUGUUGGAUACAUGUCCAUCAGACUGGAGGACCUGCUGAUCUCGAAGAAAGAAAACAUUGAUUGGUUCCCUCUUAGCAAUUGCGAAAGCGGCAAAUUGAGGAUAUCUGCUGAAUGGAAACCCUUAAAUAUGGCAGGAAGUCUCCAUGGUGCUGAUCAUUACAGCCCACCUAUUGGGGUAGUAAGGCUGUGGUUGGAUCGUGCCACCGAUGUGAAGAACGUUGAGGCUGCGUUGGGUGGCAAAAGUGAUCCUUAUACUCGGGUACAAGUUAACAACGUCACUAUGGGUAGGACGGAGGUUGUUAAUAACAAUUUGAACCCUGUGUGGGACCAGAUCAUCUAUAUCACCGUCCAUUCGCUUAAGGAGACUAUGUUAUUGGAAUGCAUGGAUUAUCAACACUUGACUCGGGACCGGUCGCUCGGGUCCGUCGAACUGCGUGUGGCAGAGCUAGCGAAGGAAUCCGAAGACAAGACCUAUCCUUUCGAAUCCAUUGGCGUCAAAACUGCUGUUGAGCCUUUACGUCUGGAUGGAGCUAACGCUUUCAAAGGGAACCUGCAUUACACCGCCGAGUUUAUACCUGCCAUGAAGUUGAAGGGUAUCAAGUUUGAAGGACACUCAAACGAGAUAAAUCAAGCUGUUGCUGGUGACGAGGAUUCGGAGAGUGGUGUUGUAACCGAUGGCGCGUCGUCAAUUUCGUCAUCCGAUGAGGAAGCACAAGCCGUCCCAGAUGGUGUCACUAUUAAGGGUACAUCCAAGAAGCACACAAGGGCUGCUAAGUCUACGGAUACGACCGCUACAACUGCCACCCGUGCUACUGCAGCUUCUUCGGAGACACCGCCUCCUGUUGAAGAAGGCAUCGAGAUGUCUAUAGACGAAUUAAUGACGCAUCAGUCCGGUAUCAUUGUCCUCAACGUCGUCUCAGGACAAUUGGCCAAGAAAGCGCGGGUCGAGGUACUCUUGGACGAUGGGUACUGGCCUUGCUUUAGUACCACGAGAGCACGAAGCACCAAGGUUCAAUGGGAUUAUGUCGGAGAAGGUUUCCUCAAAGAACUCGACUUUGGUCAGGUGUGGUUGAGAUUGAAUGAGGCCGAUGAAGGGGAUAAGGAUGAUAUCAUAGCUCAAUGGAAGGGCGAUGCCAAAGCGUUCCUCCAGUCAACACUCAAUGGUCCUCAAACCUUCACUCUUCGAGACGAAUCUGAGAAAGACAUUUCACUUGUAACCGUUGAGGCUCGCUACGUACCGGUUCCCGUCAAACUUGAACCGCGGGAGAGUAUCAACAAUCAAGGUGUACUACGUGUCGACCUUAUUGAUGCCCGUGAGAUUCCAGCCGCAGACAGAUCAGGCAAAUCUGAUCCAUAUGCGGUUUUCACUCUCAAUGAACAGAGGGUCUUCAAGUCUCAGACCAAGAAGAAGACUCUUAGUCCCGAAUGGAACGAAAACUUCCAGGUUUCUGUGCCUUCUCGCGUGGCUGCCGAUUUCGAAGUCGAAAUAUUCGACUGGAAUCAGCUAGAACAAGCGAAGAGUCUAGGAUCGGCCAAGAUUAAUCUCGCAGAUCUCGAACCGUUCGAAGCCUCUGAGUUGGAACUCUCUCUAUCCUCGCCUAAGCUUGGUUCAAAGGGGCGUGUGCAUGUUCGAUUAAUGUUCCAGCCUGAGAUUAUUGCCAAAUCUCGCAAGAACACGUCUACAUUCUCUACCGCUGGUCGAGCAAUGACGCAGGUUGGAGUUCUUCCUUUAUCCGCAGGCAAGGGUGUCAUCCAAGGAGUAACUGGCCUGUUCAAGAGCAAGGACGCAGACGAAGUACCGGCAAUUCCCGAGCUGCCAGCAGGGCAAGCCUCUGUUCCCGUGCCAGCAGACACUCUUGGCGCCCUUGGUAGUCGCACACUCCCCGACACAAAGUCCAAGACGUCUUUAGAUGGAACACACGAGCCGGGUACGCUGCUGGUGACCGUGAUGGAUGCAAAGGACUUGUCAAGUACUGACAGCAAACCAUAUGCAACCAUUCGCUUGGGCGACAAGGAAUUCAAAACGAAGCAUGCUGGAAAGACCACAACUCCGGAGUGGGACGAAACGUUCACUUUUGCUGCUGGCCCUUAUACCUCCAAAAUCUAUGUCUGGGUAUACGAUCAUAAAACACUUGGAAAGGAUAAGCUGCUCGGUGACGGCGAAAUUGAUAUCUGGCGACAUAUACAACCAGAAGAAGCCUCGGCUGCAGAUGUAUUUUUGGAGUUACGUGAAGGACAGGGUCUUAUGCGCCUACGGCUGCAGUACGACCCGACUCAAAAUCCGUUCGGAAGGUCGUCCAUGGGAUCGCGGGAAAACGUGAUGCAUCGAACAGUGUCGAUAGCGUCGCCAUCAAGGUUUAGCAUACGUGGACGACGCCCAGGAGCUGAAAACGACGACUGA